AUGGAUCACGACCACCACGAUCAUAUGCACCAUCAUGCAGAUAUGGUUGUUACGACAACUACAAUGAUGAACCAUGCUCAUCAUAUGAUGACACAACAAACAAAUACAAGCUCAGUUCAUAGUGGACAUGGUUCUCGUGUUCAUGAUAUGAUGGCGAUGGCAAUGACAUUCCAUGGUGGUUUUAAAGAACAAAUUUUAUUUGAGCAAUGGGAUACAAAAACAAUUGGUGCAUUUAUUGGAUCUUGGUUUCUCAUUUUUUUUGUUGCUGUACUCUAUGAAGGAUUAAAAACUAUUCGAGAUCAGUUAUCAAAACGUGACGGAUGUCAAUGUGGUCAAACAGGUGAACGUCAACCAUCACUUUUGCAUCAUCAAGGUCAACAAUGUGAAAAUUCUAAUAAUAAUGAUUUAAUACCAAGAGUUCAAACAGUAAAAGCUCGUACUAAUAAACGAGGUCGUUUAUUGAGUCUUAACCAUCUUGCUCAAACAAUUUUACAUAUUCUUCAAAUGGGUAUUAGUUAUUUAUUAAUGUUAAUAGCUAUGACAUUUAAUAUUUAUCUAUUUCUGGCUAUUAUACUCGGCGCUGGUUUAGGUCAUUUCUUAUUUGCUUGGCGUCGUUCAUCUGUUAUUGAUUAUAAUGAACAUUGUCAUUGA